AUGGUUGCUCAUUCCUACCAGUUCAUAGCCAUCCACCGUGCUAUUAGUGCAGCAAUUAUAACUGUAUGCAGCUUGGUGGCUGUAGUGAAGUUAUCAGCAGCUGCAAAAGCAGAAGCAGCAGCAACCAAGAAUUUAGAAGCUGAGGCACUGCUCAAUAGUGACUGGUGGCCGGACUCCAUCGCAUCAAGAAAUAUUUCUGGCCAUUGCAAGUGGCCUGGAGUGGCAUGCAAUGAUGCCGGCAGUGUAACAGCGAUACUGCUACCCGCAGGCUACACUAUAGGAGACAAACUGAGCAAUUUCAGCUUCAGUUCUUUUCCGAACCUCGUUAGACUUGAUCUCAUUGGAGCAGGACUCACUGGAGUCAUACCACCUGAAAUAGGUGCACUGUCAAAACUCACCUACCUCGAUCUGUCUUCCAACCAACUCACCGGUGAGCUUCCUAAUACAAUUUCAAACCUUACCAAAUUGGCCUAUCUUUACAUUUCUCAGAAUAAUUUGUGUGGCGUUGUUUCACAGAAUAUGGGUAACUUGGUCAAUUUGGUCGCCUUGGAUUUGAGCGAUAACAAUUUUUCUGGUAGUUUUCCUCCAGCCAUUGGUAGCAUGAAAAAAUUAGAAUAUCUUUCAGGUGCUCGGAAUCAAUUUGACGGUUCCAUUCCCCCUGAAAUAGUGAACUUGAAAAGCUUGAAUCAUCUAAAUCUUAGCUUCAACAGCCUCAGAGGUCGGAUCCCUACAAACCUGGGCAAUCUGACAAGUCUAGUUUCUUUGCAUCUCCAAGUCAACCAAAUCAAUGGUUUAAUACCAUCCCCUCUCUUUCAUUUGACUAAUUUGAACUCUUUGGACCUCUCUUCUAACCAAAUCGGUGGUUCCCUCCUCCCAGACAUUGGAGAAAUGAAAUGUCUAACCUUUCUAAACUUUUCAAACAACCAGAUUCAUGGUACCAUACCUCUGGAGAUUGGCUCUUUAACUCUUCUAGAAAAUCUAGACCUCUCUUCAAACCAACUUACAGGUCAAAUUCCAGUUGAAAUAGGAUCACUAUCAAUGUUGUCUCUGCUGGACCUCUCUAACAACAGGUUGGCUGGAAGCAUCCCAUCAAAUGUGGGCACUUGGUCAAAAUUGAAGUACUUGUAUCUGCAAAAGAACUCUUUGAGUAGUUCCAUUAAUUUCAAAAUUGCAAACCUGCCUUCGAUAAUUAUAAUUGACCUAAGUAGUAACCAAAUUACUGGAAAGAUACCCACACAAUUUGGGAAUGGUCCAUAUCCCAACACAGUGAAUUUGAAUCUUUCCCAUAAUAAUAUUUCUGGCGUUGUUCCCCGUUCUCUUAAACAAUUGCGGGAUAUCGACCUAUCCCAUAAUGAUUUGGAAGGUCAAUUUCCGGAUGAUCUCCUAUUGAAGUUUCCUCCGACCAGGUUUGUUGGCAAUCUGCAUUUGGGUGGCAAUGCUUCCUAUUUUCAUAUUCGCCUUGAAUCUUUUUCUGCAACAAAAGGAGAUGGACAUCAGAUCAAGUUCUACGUGCUUAUUAGUCUUAGCAUAUUACUUCCGUUAUUCUUAAUUGGUGUAUUACUAUAUGUAAUCUUCUCUAGAACCAAGAUUAGGAAAGAGGAAGUUGAGCUGGUUGGCAAGAAACAUGGAGACAUUUUUAGAAUCUGGAACUAUGAUGGAAAUAUGGCAUAUGAAGACAUCAUUAAGGCAACAAAGAACUUUGAUGUUUGGUAUUGCAUUGGAAGAGGAAGCUAUGGCACUGUUUACAGAGCCAGGUUGUCAAGUGGGAAAGUGGUGGCUGUGAAAAAGCUUCACGACAUGGAAAGCGAGAAUCCAACCUAUGUGAAGAGCUUUAGGAACGAAGCCCAAAUGUUAUCCAACAUUAGGCAUCGAAACAUUGUAAAGCUCUAUGGGUUCUGUUUACACAGGAGAGGUAUGUUUCUGGUUUAUGCCUACAUGAAGAGGGGAAGUUUGUUUGGUGCCUUGAGGAAUAGAAAUGCAGCUACACAAUUGGAUUGGAUUAAGAGGAUGAAUUUGAUCAAGGGGAUUGCAAAUGCAUUGUCAUACCUGCACCAUGAUUGCAGACCACCUAUGAUUCAUAGGGAUGUAUCAAGUAAGAAUAUUCUUCUGAAUUCAGAGCUUGAAGCAAGUCUCUCCGACUUUGGUACAGCAAGACUGCUGGAGCUUGAUUCAUCAAAUCAGACAAUAGUGGCAGGCACUUAUGGCUACAUAGCACCAGAGCUAGCCUAUACAAUGGUGGUAACUGAAAAGGUUGAUGUUUAUAGCUUUGGCAUUGUGGUCUUGGAGACAUUGUUUGGAAAACAUCCAGGAGAGUUUCUCUCCUCCUUGUCACCAGAAUCUGCUAAACAAACAAAGCUGAAGGAUCUACUAGAUGCGCGUUUAUUCCCUCCUGUAAAUCGCUUGGUUGCUUGCGAUGUGGUUCUUGCUGUAACAUUGGCAAUGGCUUGCUUAGAUCCCAACCCAAAAUCUCGACCAACAAUGCAGCAGGUAGUGCUGCAAUUUAUUUUCCCCACUAGAAACUCAACCAUUCCUCUGCAUGCCAUCACCGUGGACCAGUUGAUGCCUCCACGAUUUAGUGCGCAAUACGUUGUGAGGACUUUACCAGUACAAAUAAAGGAGAGGGCAGAAAAGUAGCAUUAGUA